AUCAGCUGAGUCAAAAUCCCAUAGCAGCUGAAGAAGGAAGCACAACAAAUCCCUAAUUCUGAGCCCAUCCAUGGCGUCCGCCAAGCGAUGCCAUUACGAGGUCCUCGGCCUCCACAUCGACUCCACCGCCGACGAGAUUCGAUCGGCGUACCGGAAGCUGGCCCUCCAGCGCCACCCCGACAAGCUCGUCAAGUCCGGUUUAUCGCAAGCUGAUGCCACCGCUCAGUUUCAAGAGCUCCAGCACGCGUACGAGGUCCUCUCCGAUCCUAAAGAACGCGCCUGGUACGACUCUCAUCGUUCGCAAAUCCUCUUUUCUGAUGCUGGUUCGGUUAAUUCCAACUCUGUUGUUCCCAAUCUCUUUCCGUUCUUCUCCAAUACCGUUUAUUCUGGCUAUUCCGAUUCUGGACGAGGGUUCUAUAAGAUCUAUUCUGACCUUUUUGAUAAAAUUUACGGGAAUGAGAUUAAUUUCGCUAAGAAAUUAGGAUUGCGUUUGGAUAUGGUUCGUGAAGCUCCGGUUAUGGGGAAUUUAGAUAGUCCUUAUGCGCAGGUGACUGCCUUUUAUAAUUACUGGCUUGGGUUUUGUACGGUUAUGGAUUUUUGCUGGGCUGAUCAGUACGAUGUCAUGGCCGGUCCAAACCGGAAAUCGAGGAGGUUAAUGGAGGAGGAUAACAAGAAGCUGAGGAAGAAGGCAAAGAGGGAGUACAAUGAGACAGUGAGAGGUUUGGCUGAGUUUGUGAAGAAGAGAGAUAAGAGGGUGAUUGAUAUGGCUAUGAAAAGGAACAUGGAAAUAGAGAAGAAGAAGGAAGAGGAGAGGGAAAGGAAAAAAAGGUUAGAGAGGGAGAAGAUGGAGAAGCUUAGGACAUAUGAGGAACCAGAUUGGGCAAAGGUAGAGGAAGUUGAGGAGGAUGAAGGAGAUGGGUUUGAGGAAGAAGAGAAUAGGAAAGGGAAAGAGCUGUACUGUGUUUUAUGUGGGAAAAAGUUCAAGAGUGAAAAGCAAUGGAAAAAUCACGAACAGUCAAAAAAGCACAAGGAGAAGGUUGCAGAGUUCAAAGAAUCACUAGAUGAUGAGGAUGAAUCUGAAGAAUUUGUUGAUGAAGGAGAAGGUGAAGAAGAAACAACCCUGCUGGAUGAUGAGGUAGAUAAACUAAGGGAGGAGUUCAAGGAAGGUUUUGACAUUAAGGAAGAAGAUAUUGAAAGUGGGGGAGAACUUAGUGGGAGUGAAUACAAUGAUGUUCAUGAAGUUGAUAGAUCAGAUAUGGUUGCUGAGGCACUUGGAUUGAAUGACGAUGACGAAACAGAUAUUCUUGAAGCAAUGGCUGCUGGGCUGCGAAAUAGGAAAAAUGCAGCUUCAGUGAAUCAGCCUAUCGCUUCCCCAGUCAAAGCUCAUUUUGAAAAUGAGAACGAUGAGCCUAAUCCAGCGGAGUUUGAAAAUGGUAAGAGGGGAAAAAAGAGUCGUCGAGCCAAAAAGAAGGGCAAGGGAAAUGAUGAAGCUAUGAAUGAAACGAAUUCUCGAAAUGACAAGAACAAUGGAGACGGUUCAUCAUAUCAGCAGGUUUCCCCUUCCAAUUCAUUGCAUAACGAUGAAAGUAGCGAUAAGGGGGCCAGUGAGUUGGCUAAAGAACAAAGGACUUCAAGUAAAUCAGUUGAUUGGAAAGCCGUCACGCAGAAUGACACAAAGAUCAAACCUAGACAUUCAUCUAAAGGAAAGAAAUCCAAGGCAACAUCAAAGGAUUCUGGCAAUUCAUGCGAAACAUGUGGACAGGAGUUUGACUCAAGGAAUAAACUGCAUAAGCAUUUGGGAGCCACAGGACAUGCUGCUUUAAAAUAUCGAUGAGAGGAGUACAUAUUGACAUCAAUUUUUGACAUUUAACAAGAUUUUGAAUCAAACUUCCAUACCGCAUUCAAUGAGAAUUUCAAUUUUUAGCGCCAACACGAAGUGAAGAGUGACAACAAGACGUGCAGGAUGCUAUUCCACGACCGAUCAAAAUAUCUAAUGAGAAGUAAAGAGUAUUAUAGAGUAUACAGAUUGUUAUCUAUCCAGAAAGAUGUUUAGAAAGGGCUAUAAUUUUUUACAUUUCAUUGUUUUUCUUGUAAACUGCAAGAAUUCAAGGAUUAGAACUUGUUCUUUACUUAAUAAAAGUAAAUAGGAUUUAAUUGGCUCUUACAUGCAUAGGCCCCCUUGGGGGAGGUCAUAGUACCAGAAGAGAGUUGCUGAAUAUUUAUUUAGAGAAUUUAAUUUGAAAGAAAUAAGGGGGACUUGUGAAAAAAUGCUUUGUUCAAGUUGGUGUGCCAUCAAAGUUCUGUGUAACUUCACAUCCUUCAUGCACUGCCUUUGGUUAAAUAUAUCAUAGGGUCUCUAAUUUUCAGGCAA